AGCAAUGACGGGAAAGUAGUGAAAGGCGAUGUGACAAAGACAAUUCCGUGUGUUUUCAGUGAAAACUUUUCACCCCUUUGCUACAUUUCAUUCGCAACGGUUUACAAUGAAAGCACGUCAUAGUGUUAACUGGGAAUUUACCUACAAAUCACUUUAUUUUCAGUUUUACAAAUGAAUACUUACCAAUAGUGAAAUUAAUCGCAAGACCAACUACUCCCCGAUUUAUCAAGUUUAUAAAAUUGGAUUUUUGCAAUACUUAAUGAUUCGUCAAUAGCUCAAUUAUGUGUAAAAACAGUGUUUUGGACAAUCAUUAUUGCGGUAUUAAGUGCCAUUGUGUACUUAAUUGUUCAAAUGGGACAGACGAGAACAAUGGGACAUCCGCUAGUAAUUAACCCUGAAACGAAGGAAACGUACAUCGGAAAUGUUGCAUUUCCCAGGGUCACCGUUGCUCCUCCGGGGGGCUUCAAGAGUGCCCAAGUUUUUGACGCGAUAAGUAAUUACGGCCGCCUAGUCUAUGGGUAUCCCGGUAUUACUAAUUGGACGUAUAAUGAGGCCCUGGGAGUGUUUCGAAUCCUUGAUCAAGUUUGCUCCCCCAACACAACUUUUGCUGGUUUGAAUAACAUCGAGCAUGAGGACAAUAUUAACUGGGAAUUAGGAUAUGAGGACAUUAAUAAGAGCGUAACGGACAAUGAGUUACAGAAGAGUGAAAGAGUUGCCCCAUUCAUUCGACAGGGAAUGAUAAACUGUUCGGAAUUAUUUGAACGUUGCUUUCUCAAUGGACGGAAAUUAGAUUGCGGGGAGGUUUUCAAAGGGCAUUUUUCUGAGAGGGGAAGUUCUUGCAUCUUUAAUGGAAUUCCAACCGCAGCAACGCGACGAAAUACAAUGCUACAAUCAGCACUUGGUCGGCAGUACAAAGCUGACGAGCUCACUGAAUGGAAACACGUAAAAUCUGAUCGAGACAGCGACUCUGUUGCGGAAAAGAGACAAAAUAGAACGAUUCCAAUUCCCUGGAAGCAAUAUUUCCCCGGUAAAACUUCCGGGUUAAUUUUCGUCAUCAAACGCGAAAACGAUUCUGAUAAAGCCUGCGUCCACGGUGAAGGGGAUGGAUUAAUGAAACAACGCCAACUUUUCUCUUGUUCACGUCUACUUCGCCACGGAUUCUGUCCAAGCCCUGAGAAGGAGCUCGCGUUACAAUUGGUUCGAAGUAAUAGGUUUAAACGGAGGGACAAUUUCAAUGGUGACGGGAAUCUCUUUGUUGGACGUCAUCAAAGGUAUUGUGACAGGUAUUUUGGUCUUAGGUGGGCAGUAUUUUAUAAUGAGCCAGCAACCGGAUGGAUGCGUGGAGGAGCCUCCUCCACGAGCUUCCUCCUCCUCCUCCGAGGUGGAGGAAACGACGACCAAUUCAACCCAAAUACGCAAUGGGGUCGUCGUAGUUCCUCCUCCUUCACAGAUUACCUAUGUCCAACCACGACGCAAUCCACCCACACCGCCGCCGCAGGAUCGUCCAGUCGAGCCUGAACCUGACCAAUAAAAAAUGCCAUUAAUAAACUUAAUUAUUGCCAAACGUGCUAGUCUGAAAAAUGAUUGUGAUAAUUGUGCUCACAGCAGAAAUUAUGUAAAUAGUUUUCGAGCUUGUAAAUUAAUUUAAGUAAUUAAGGAAAUGCUCAAUUAGUCUUUUCUUGUAUAAAUUACCUAAAAAUUACAGCGUACUUAUUAUUAUUAUAAAUUAAUUGAAAUCGUGUCAUGUCACCAAUUUAUAAUUAUAAGUAUAAUUAGUAUAAUUACUGUUGGAACUUAUUUAGAUAAUAAUGUAACUAUUUUUACACAUUUAUUUGCAUUUCACGAGAUAAUUUACACCAUAUUUUUUAUAACGAAUUUUUCCACCUGAUGAUAAUAUUUAGCAAUACCACAAUGCAAAUAAAUUGUUACGCUCAUCUUGUCACUUGCAUUAUCGUUUUUAUGAGGUUUUUAAAAAAAAUUGUUAAAAAUUCAAUUAAAAAUUAAAGUAAAUUCUUAAUACCAUUGAAUUACUAUUAAUAUGAACCUUGUGUAAAAUUAUGUAGAUUACGAUGUAUUUAAUAAAGAUUGAAAAAGUUUGCGAUAUUUCGCACCAAUUUUUCGGAAAAGUUGACGACGGUUUUUUCAGAAACUUUUUAAAAUGAGAAACUGGUCCAUUGUGUGACAAUGACAAAAUUCUAAGAAUAUUAUGAUAUUAUUCGAACAAAAAAAUCUAAUUUUUCGAAAUUUUCACUCAUUUUAAAACUUUUAUUACUUUUUACUCCUCCAUACAUAAUUUUAUUUAUGACUGGAUUUCCACACUUUUUGACUAUAUUUUUUUCCCAGUCUGGCAUCUCAACCAUUUCAUUUCACUCAUUAAAAAUAUUACAGGAUAAAAUUAUUACACAUUUUUAAGUAAUAAAUAAGUAGGUAAAAUUUGUAGCUGACUAGAUUAAUUAACGUAUUUUUUAUAUCAUAAUAAUUAAUUUGUGUGGUAGCAUCUUUAAGAAGUAAAUCUGUAUGUAGAUACGUGCUGAGGAAAUUCGUCGUAUUGCUUGCUGGUAAUUUUCAAUGUUCAGGUAUUCUUAGCAGAGGAAGAAGUCACAACAGGUAGGCAGAAGAUAAGCACAUAAGAAACUAUCGAUAAGUCAAUUAAAACUAAUGGUGAACAAAUUAACAGAUUUUAAAAAGAACA